CUUCACGCGCGCACUGUUGACUGGUCGCUUUCGCUCGUUUCUAGCGAAAAUAAUAACAAACUGGUGUCGGUGUUCUGAACUGGCAGUGGCGCUGUACUUGGGAAGUGUGUUGAUACAAGUUGUUCACAUUCAUCAGCUGAUUGAUUCAGAAUAUCGAGCGGGUGUUGGCGGACUGGUGGCUCGCUCUGUCGGCGAGAAGUGUACAACAAGCGUGCGGGACGCGCGGGGCAGGGGCAUCCUCCCCCUACUUCAGUUUCGACAGUAACGCUGUGAGGAGAGGACGUAUCGCUGCGCGCCGCAAAAAGGAUCGUUCGCGCGGCAACUUUGAACAGUGACAGUGUGAAGAAGUGUGUUGUGACAGAGAAUGUGUAUCGGAUUGCAGUGCACUACCAAACGGAUGCAGUGAUUUGGAUCGCAAUACUUGGAUUGCAGUGAUUUUGGAUUUGAAUUUCGUUUUUCAACCAACAUUCAAACUGGGGAUGCAUAAGAUGGAGCUCGGUGACAGCGUGUACGCCGCUGAGCGUAUCAUGAAGAAGAGAAUUAGAAAGUUGUGUUUAAUCAUGUCGACGUCUACAAUAAGAAAACAGCGAUGCCAAAAACUGAUUACGAUGAGCACUGAUAAAAGCUCGGAUAUGAGAUCUCAAACUAAUUCUAUGUCAACCGAAAUAGAAAUCAAUGAACCAACCAACUACCAGGGUACAGUAAUUAACAAAAAGCCUAGGUCUCCGCUCAGGAACUCCAGAUCACAAAGCAGGGAAUCCAGAUACCCUAACAAUACGACUAGUUUACACCGCAAGGUGUCCACAUCACCCUGCAUGGAGGUCGAACAGCUCUGCAGGAAAUCCAGAUCACCCUACAUGAAAUCUAGAUCACCCAACAAGGAAACCAAUUCACCCUGCAAGGAGACGCGAUCACCCCGCAGGCAAUCUAGGUCGUCCUCGAGCAGCUCUUCAAGUUCAUCAUCAUCAGGCACCACUAAUUCGACUUCCUCCAGCUCAGUUUGUUCAAGCUCAGCUUCUACUGGUUUAUCUGCGAGGCGAUCCUCUUACGAUAAUGCAGACCAAUGCAAGAUAUUAAGUACCAAUAAAAGUGUCAAAGAAGAGAAUGCAGGUCAAGUAAAAAAACUUGUCCUUACUGAAAAAAAAUGUGAAAGUUACACAGAACCGAGACCAAAACUAUCGAAUGAUGCCGAAUUUGAGAGUGAUGAAAUAAUAGAAAAUACCCCUACACGUAUUAUAAAAAAAUCAACUACGAACAAGGACAAAGUCGCACGUACGCCUGGACAUGCCAUAACCAAAAACUUGGUUUCAUAUUCUGAUUCUUCUUCUGAAGAUUCAGACGAUAACACUCAACAGCCAAAAGAUCGGAACAAGACUGAUCUUUCUAACAAAGAGCCUAACUUUGUUGCGUCGGGUUCCACACCACUCCUGGAAGUUGCAAAUCGAACUCGCCCUCAAGUUGAUUUUAACUCUACGCCAAAAUAUGCGAUUUCCCCUAUAUAUACAGAUGAGAGUGACGUUGAUCUGAGUGAUGAUGAUCCUACCUAUGUACAUACGACUAACUACGGAAAUAAACAAAAGAACUUUUUUAUUUCGUCGCCAUCCAGGUCUUUAUCAAGUUCCUGCGAUUCUGAUGUUUCAAAUAAAGAAGUGAAAAGAGGUCGAAAACGAAUAAGAGAUUCUUCAAAAUGGAAGCAGAACAAGGCCAAACGACUUCGUAACAGCGGCCAACCUUACACCUCCGUAUCUAAGAAAGAGAAAAGGGUUCCAGGUCGCUGUCUUCAACCGCCAUGUACCGAGAAAUGCAAACUUAAAUGCUCCAAUAUAAUAAGUACGGACACUAGAUAUGAGUUAUUUACAUUCUAUUGGAAUUUGAGUGACUUGUACCAGCAAAGGGCUUUCAUUAAAUCAUCCAUGGUGGAUAUCAAACCAAGGUACCAAUAUACUAAUGCAGAAAAUCCCCGAAAGCCAAAUAAAGCAUAUUAUUUUACUAUUGAUAACCGACCAAUCAGAGUUUGUAAAACUUUUUUCAAAGCCACAUUGAACAUUUCGGACCGAAUGAUAUUCACUACACAGCAAAAAACUAAUAACAAUAACUUUUUAGAAGAAGAAUUACGCGGAAAGCAUGGAAAUCACAAGAAACUUAAUCCAGAUUUAAUAAAAAACAUCAGAGAACACAUAAACUCCAUCCCUCGAAUGGAAUCGCAUUAUGUAAGAGCUACUACCUCAAAAGAAUAUAUAGAUGGGGGAAAAACAAUCAAAGAUCUUUAUGAUGAUUUUAAACAAAUACAAACUCAGAACAAAAAGGACAUAGGAAAUUACAUGAACUAUUACAACAUAUUUACAAAGGAGUUCAACAUAUCUUUUUUUCAGCCUAAAAAAGAUAUGUGCGAUAUGUGUUUGUCUUACGAGAAUUCAACUGCUGAUCAGAAAAGAGAGUUAAAAGAAAAAUACGACCAACAUCACGAAGAAAAGGUACUAAGCAGGAAUGAAAAGAAGUCAGACCGAGAAAAUAUUACUGAUAAUAACAAAGUCGUCAUUUAUGAUUUGCAAGCUGUGUUACAGUGCCCACGUGGUGACUCGUCAGCGUUCUAUUACAAGUCUAAACUCAAUAGUUACAACCUGACUGUUACUGAGUUGUCCAAACCAGAUAAAAAAGGCUCCUAUGACAAUGUACACAGCUACUUUUGGACUGAAUCUGAUGCAAAGCGUGGGGCUAUUGAAAUAGGUACAUGCGUUUGGAAAUAUUUGGAAGAAGUUAGCAAGAACGCGAAGGAACCACUGAAUAUUAUAUUUUAUUCUGACAAUUGUGCCGGUCAGAACAAAAAUAAGUUUAUAAUGUCAAUGUACAUGUACGCCGUUUAUCUUUUUAAUAUUCAAAGCAUUACACAUAAAUUCCUGAUCCGAGGGCAUACCCAGAAUGAGGCGGACAAUAUACACAGUUUAAUUGAAAAAGAAGUCAAGAAAACCCUAAAAUCUGGCCCAAUAUACACCCCAGUCGAAUACAUAACACUAAUUAAAAACUCAAAGAAAGGUAACCCUCCAAUCAACGUUCAUGAGCUAACUUAUGAUAGUAUUAUAGAUUUCAAACUCUUGCAGUCGGAGUGGGGAUUUAAUUUUGGAACGGAUGAAAGUGGCCAAAAUGUCAAUUGGAAUGAGGUUAAGGUCCUGAAAGUGACUAAAGAAAAUCCUUUUGUAUUUUACUACAAGACAUCUUACAAGGACGAAAACUACAGGGAAGUGAAUGUGCGGAAUAAACGAAGGAAGAUGAAAUCUGCCUCAGAGAUAAGUUUGAACGCAGCAUAUACGCAAAGGCAGGAAAUAAGCGCUAAUAAAAAAAAAGACUUGAAAGAGAGUGAGGAGCCACAUAAAAACGCGGAGACAAGUUGGCGCUUGGCGCUCCGCUGGCGUCAUUAUAAUAAUGCGCCUGUUGGCUCGCCGCCGAUAAGGAUGGUAAUUAGAGAAGGAUAUAGCGGGUCGCCGCCGCAGAAAUCCCCUAAUUCAGCAAAUGUUAAAUUUAACGAUUGCAGCGACGACCAGGCAAUUCUCGUCGCCUCCCCCCGGCUUAAACUAGUCACAAGUGUUUGCUCUCCGACUUGGCCACAAGUGGCGAGGGUCGGAAGCCCCUUUGUGUCAAACGAGGGACCUGCUUACCUUGCCAGAACCGUCUCCACCAGUGAGCGUGAAGAUGUCGAUGACAAUCGGUAG